CAAGCCCUCACCAAAACAGUGAUCAUCCUGUAGUUUCUAGAGGAGGCGUUUGCCCGGCAAUCAUCCUGUAGUUUGAUAUGGCUGCAGGUGAUAAUGAAGAUAAUUCAGUAAGGGGGAACAUCAAGGAAUUCAAAGCAUGGCUGGCAAGGCUGGAAACCAUGAAUGCAAAAGAACUAAUGGAGUACGGUAAGGCAAACAAAGAUAUGUUUAGCAGUGAAAUGAGAGCAGCAUUUAAGAAGCUUCUUCAGCAAAAGAAACAACAACCACCCAAGAAGAAAAACAAGAGGACUGGGUUUGGUGCAAUAUUAGGUGCAAUGUUGAAGUUCCACAAGGACGAUGAUGAUGAUGAUGGCGAUGGAAACCCUCCAGGAGGAGCUCCUAUUGCAUGCUGAAGGGUUUUUGUUACCCGCCUUGAUUGGUUCUAUAGGUCGGUACUGAAAGGUGCUUGACUAAAUUAUCCUUAGGGCUAUCUAUGUAUCGUGGUAGUAAACAAGUGUCUGCAGUUCGUGUUGUUCAUGUUGACUCAGUGUGGCUAUUUCGGUAUGGCCUUGGAUCUCAUUCCAUGUAAAUGUAUGUUUAUAUGGUAA